AUGACCUCUGAGAGUGAAAGCGUGUUCAGUCUAAAAUGAGUAAUCUGUGUGAUAUGCAGAAAAAGCUAUUGAAAUUGGUUACAAGUCUGUGACAUGCGAUUUAUUGCAUUUGGAGACUGGGGAGGUCUGCCUGAUCCACCUUAUGUAACGAAUGUUCAGAAAGCCACAGCAGAUGAGAUGGGGAGAGUUGCACAAAGCACAGGAACAGAUUUUAUAAUUAAUGUUGGAGAUAAUUUUUACUACCAUGGUGUGAAUGAUGUAAAUGAUUUCAGAUUUAAGGAAACAUUUGAGAAUAUUUUCACAGCUCCAUCCCUUGCCAAUAUCCCGUGGUAUAUUCUGGCAGGAAACCAUGAUCAUUUGGGUAAUGUUUCAGCACAAGUUGCUUAUUCUGUGGUCUCUAAGAGAUGGAAUUUUCCAAAUCUCUACUAUGAAUUGGAUUUUAAGGUUCCUAAUAUCAGUGUUUCUGUCACUAUUCUGAUGAUCGAUACUGUGGUGAUUUGUGGAAAUACCUAUGAAGCCAACCAGCCAUAUGGACCUGAAAAUCCUCAGUUUGCCAGGGAGCAGCUGCAGUGGAUCCAGGAAAAACUCGCACAUUCCAGGUCUGACUAUUUGAUCGUUGCUGGUCACUAUCCAGUGUGGUCAAUAGGACAACAUGGUCCGACUCCAUGUCUGGUAGCUCAAUUAAGACCACUUCUAAAGCAAUACAAUGUAACAGCCUAUAUCAGCGGCCAUGAUCAUAGCCUCCAGUUUAUUCGCGAAGGUGAGGGGAUUGCUUACAUUGUGAGCGGAAGUGGGAGUUUCGUCGACUCAUCAACGAUAAACAAGGAGAAGGUUCCAAGCGAUUGGCUGCGUUUCUACAAUGCUGAGAUUAGUGCCUUGGGUGGAUUUGUACUGAUUCGAAUUACUGCAGAACAAAUGUUUGCAUCAUACAGACAGCCAUAUGGGAUGGUGGUUUUCCAAACUGCAUUACCAAGGCGCACAUUUUAAACCAGUGGGAAGAAGGGACAUGAAAAGAACCUGAUUCCUCUUAGAAUUAUUCUCAAUACACGUUCACUUCAACCAGUGCCUAAUCUUCAGUAGUUUGGGUUUGCAAUUUCUUUUACUGUUGGCUGUUAAUUGAUCUAUUGGA